AUGUCACAUAAAGCCCAAGCUCCGGUAUACAACACCGACAACGGCAAAAAGCCACCUCCAUCGAUCGAAGACGAGAGAAUUAGUCCCCAAACUUUCUACAAGCUAGCUGCUCUUGAUUCAGAAUCUGCUUUAGAAUCUGCGUCUGAAUCUGAAUCUGAGGUUGAGGAGUAUGAAGCUUAUCAGGAACCAUAUUAUGAUUACAGACAUGAAGAGGGAUCUCGCGCGAGAUCUCCAUCUCCUGAGCCUGUUUAUCGGCAAUCGAGCUCCAAUUAUCAUAGGGAUGAUCAUAGACCACAAGAUACUUAUGGAAGAGAAGAAUAUGACAGGCCUUAUGUUGUUUAUCUAGAUAUGCUAAAAGAAUUUCGUGCUCGAAGGCGAGCCGAGCGAGCUGCUCGAGCUACCCAGGAUGAUGAACCUCAACCAUCUCACCAUAGCCGCAGAGCUCCUUCCCCUGAGAGAGAAGAAUAUCGCAGGCCUCAUGUUCCUUGUCCAGAUUCGACAGAAGAACAUCGUGCCCGAAAGCGAGCCGAGCGAGCUGCUCGAGCUACCCAGGAUGAUGAACCUCAACCAUCUCACCAUAGCCGCAGAGCUCCUUCCCCUGAGAGAGAAGAAUAUCGCAGGCCUCAUAUUCCUCAUCCAUCCCGAGAUCAAUACUAUAGCCCCAGAGCCCGAUCAUCAUCUCCUCCUCCUACACGACCAAGAUAUCAACCCGAAUCUUCCCAUAAAUCUUCAUCAUCUUCAUACUCAUCUUCAAGUCGCACACGUGCCGAGAAAUUAAGGAAGAUGGAAGAAGAACGAGAAGAAAGAGAAAGAAUUAAAGAGGAUCUUCGAGCAAAACAAGAAUUCAAAAAUGAAAGGCUUAGAAGAUAUCACGAAGAGAAUCUGAGAGCUGAAGAAUUAGAUCACCUCAAAUUGCGAAGAGAAGAGGAAGAAGAAGAUCGUCUUAAAGAUCGUCUUAGACAGAGACAAAAUGAUCCGAGCGAAAGAUAUCAAUCUCGUUCCAGGCACGAAUCCCGCGAAAGCUCCAGAUAUGAAGAACCAGAAUCUACGAAUCUCGCCCGAGACCUAACUAUAGAGAUCCAGAGUACGGCUACGAUUAUGCGAGAAAGGAAGUUAGAGUUCCGGAGCCGAGAAAGGGGGAGAAACUGA